UCUAGUCUAGUUUUUGGAGAAUGAAUAAUGUAAUGUUACCCCAUCACCCAUACAUCAAAUUAUAAAAGUCUACAUAUAUACAGCGGUUUGCAUCAGUGUAUAGUAUAGAGAGAGAAAAGGGAGAGAGAGAGAGAGAGAGCAAGAAUGGCAAGAAAAUGGAUGGUUUUGAGUGUUUUCAUGAUACUCUUUUGCACAUCCAAAGCUGAGAAUAAAACAUACCCAACAGCCAACAACAACUUGAGUCCAAUUCAAGCCUGGAGAAGUGCUGAAUACUGCCUUCAAAAUACAUCCACCAAGUGCUGGGACAAGUACACGCUGACCGACUCGGGGUGGCUUAACGUGACCCACGAGGACGGCCACUGGUUCUGCACGGAGGGCUGCGCCGAGCACACAGGGUGGGUGCUCGACUGCCUUUUCCAUGUCAAGAAAGACUACUGGUUUGCUAACAAAGCUACUCUCCGAGACAUCACCGAUACCAUCAAUCUCGGCUGCAAUUCUACACAAGGUUUCAGUGGAGUGAGCAUACAUGUUUCUCAAGGGUAGAAAAGAAGAUUAUAAAUUAGAUUUUUUAAAUUAGGUUGGAUAAUUAAUUAUGUGUCAAUAAUGAAUGUCCUAAUGAAAGUGUGUGUGUAAUGUAAUAAUCAAGAAUUGAGGGGUGUGUCCUAAAAUAAAAAUAUGUGGCUGGACAAAUGCCACUUCUCUACUGCUAAUACUUCUCAUAAAAGGUAUUGAUAGCCAAACAUGAUAAGAUUCUAAUAUUGACACAUAAUAAGAUUGUUCGAU